AUGGCUGAGGUGUCGUUCCCGGAGAUUUUAGAGGGCCUGCAGCAUUCUCAGAUGAACUAUUCUACGAUCGUGGCAGCUGUGCUGCUCAUGGUCUACGAUUAUUUCCUAACUUUGGACAGGGAAAUCUCGUCAAUUUGGUCAUCCCGGUGGAACGUCAUUAAAAUACUCUUCCUUCUAACUCGCUAUAUGCCUAUUCUCGACUCAGUGGGUUUAUUGUACUUGAUUCUACUAGAUAUCUCUUUGGAUGGGUCGUCACCAGAGACUUGCAGCAUUGUUUACAAAGUCUCUGCAUGGGUGCUGGUGAUUGGUAUAGCCGAGGCUGAAAUUCUUCUUACGAUACGAACAUGGGGUAUUUGGGGCAAGGAUAGAAGACUCACAAUCGGCCUCCCCAUCUUCUACAUCGUGAUUUGGGGUGGAAUAUUCACGUUCAUGGGAAUCUAUCAGAGUUCCUUAAGAUUCGUUGUUCCUCCUCGUGGCUUAGAAAGCGCUGGAUGCUUUAUUGCCUCAUCUGGGCCCAUUGUAUUCGCUUGUUGGGUGGGGGUUCUCCUAUACGAUUUAGGACGAAAGGCAUUCUGA